AUGAACUUCUCGGAGCAGAUGUUAUCCGUCUUCAGCUGUAAUGUCAGCCCGAGUGAGAAGCCGCAGCUCGACAUAGGCGUCUCUAAAAGGGAGCCCCUGGUUAUAGCCGUCCCCAUGACCGUUUUCUACAGCAUCAUCUUCUUUUCUGGAGUCUUACUCAAUGGUGUGAGCAUACUGACCCUCUUCAUGGAUGCUCAGAUGAGAGUCAGUGCCAUUCGUUUCCACCUCAUCAGCCUGGUCAUAUCAGACAUUUUGCAGCUGUUGACCAUCCCGAUAACUUUGUUUCGCUACUAUUGGGAGAGCUACCCAUGGCGUCUGGGCCGAACAGUAUGCAAAGUCUACUUUAUGGUGCGCCAAGUGUACUGUGCCACCACAAGCUUGGUUAUCCUGACCUUCACCACUGAGCGUUAUGCAGCCAUUUGCCACACCAUUUGGUCUGUCUCCAGCCUGAAGAAGUUUCGACUGCCAUGCCUUCUUUCAGUCUGGAUCAUUUCUCUGGUCUCGGCUGUACCCUUUGCUCUGGUCUAUGACGAGGCUCUUGUCUGCAUCCUUGACUACACUGCCGCUACACUAAAAGACGCCUUCCAUGUGUCCACCAUGUGUGAGAUGACAGAGCCUGAUCCUGCACACAUCUACAAAGGUGCUUUACUCAUCAGAGCAGGCAUCUUCUUUCUGGUCCCUCUCAUCUCCAUCUGUACUCUCUAUCUGCUCAUCCUGCUCUACCUGAGGCGGAAUGGACGUCAAAGGAGAGACAUGGGUCUAACGAGGCCGAAUCCACAAGGAAGACGAGACAUUCAGUGCCAUCAGAAUGGAAAGCUGCUUUCAAAUGAAAAGAGAGCUCUAAAACUAAUGGGUGCAGUCUUGGUGGCCUUUUUUGUUUGCAACUUUCCGGACAUUGCCUCGUCGCUGAUGCAGGUCUACGUGGUUGUGUGGUCCGACACUGUCCUUUUUGUCUACACAAUUCUGAAAUCCUACUUGUCGCUUCCACUGUGGUAUAUCAACAGUGCUCUGGACCCGCUGCUGUUCUGUAUUUCCUCCCACAUAUUUCGCAGGGCGUGCAGGAGAACCCUGGGUAGGCUCAGGUCUCACUGCUCCUGUAAAUAUGGGAGCAUGUCUUGGCUGAAGAGAAGUUCUACUGAAGAAGCAAGCACAGUAACAGUCAGUAAGAGGAUUCAUGGUAAAUGCUAUAGAGUGAAUAUGGCCAAAAAGAGAAAUACAAUCACGAACAAAACUAAUCAGAGGAAUGGAAAUAUCAUGAAACCGCCUUUAAACAUGAGCAGCAACAACAAGCAAUCUGAAUUAUUAUCUCUUUUAGAAGCCGUUCAGAUCCCCCGGCCAAUUUAA